GCCGCCGCCUUCCACCGCGUCGGGCCGCCGCUGCUCAUCGAGCACCUGGGGCUGGCGGCGGGCGGCGCGCAGCAGGACCUGCGCCUCUGCGUGGGCUGCGGCUGGGUGCGCCGCCGCCCCGGCCGCCUCCGGCCCGCCCCCGCCGCGCCCGCCACCGCCGGGGCGCCCACCGCGCUGCCCGCCUACCCCGCGGCCGAGCCGCCGGGGCCGCUGUGGCUGCAGGGCGAGCCGCUGCACUUCUGCUGCCUGGACUUCAGCCUGGAGGAGCUGCAGGGCGAGCCGGGCUGGCGGCUGAACCGCAAGCCCAUCGAGUCCACGCUGGUGGCCUGCUUCAUGACCCUGGUCAUCGUCGUGUGGAGCGUGGCCGCCCUCAUCUGGCCGGUGCCCAUCAUCGCCGGCUUCCUGCCCAACGGCAUGGAGCAGCGCCGGACCACCGCCAGCGCCGCCGCCGCCCCCGCCGCAGUGCCGGCGGGGACCACCGCGGCCGCCGCUGCCGCCGCCGCCGCCGCCGCCGCGGCGGCCGUCACCUCGGGGGUGGCGCCGCAGUGACCCGCCCCUCCCCCCGCGUGCGUCCUGUCCGCGCUCGCGGAGCCUUCCCCGCCGGGACGCCGGCCGGUGUGCUUCGUGCCGUAGUGUCGUUAGUUCUCCUCCCCGAUGGGGCCGCCGAGUCCGGAAAGCACGGUUCGCGCUGCGCUUCCAGCUCCGAAAAGCAGGCGCCAGCCCCCGGGCCACGGGGGGACGCAGCUCGGAAGUCGGAGAGAGGGACUUGGGGCCCUUUCCCCUCUGUUGCACCCCCUGCCCGCCUCCCUCCCCGCACCCACGUGCCCUCUGUUCAUGGCAGAAAAUGACCAAAUCCUGUGUAUUUGUUUUAUAUAUUUAAUAACUGUUUUAAAUGAAAGUUUUAGUAAAAAAAAAAAACUACAAAACAAAAAGAUUAAAUUGCUAUUGCUGUAGUAAGAGAAGCUCUUUGUAUCCAAACAUAGUUGUAUUUGAAGUUUGUUGUUUUUUAAUUUAUUUUAAAAGGGAGGGGGGGCAUGGGAAGGAUUUGACACCGGUACAUCGUUACUGCUGACAAUGAACUUUAUGGACCUUUUCCAAGUCGAUCUAUCCAGUGACGUGGCCUGGUGGGCGUUUCUUCUUGUAUUUAUGUGGUUUUUUUGGCUUUUAAUACAGACAUUUUCCUCCAGA